AUGAAAAGCGGAAGGAAGGUUUCGCCAGACGGGCCUUCAUUACUUGGCGGCUCGCCGAAACGAGCGCUAUUUCUCUUGCGGCCAAUCAUCUUCGCCGGAGUUUGUCCGGAGGUCCAUUUUUCGGAAGCCGAUGCGACCGCCAUGUUGGCCGUCCUGCUGCUCUUGCUGUACUUCAGCUCUUCCGAUGCCGUCGAAUACAAAAUCGCAGUUCUCAUCCUUGGAGACCAGCCCUUUGCAGAGGCUUCAAGAUCUGUCACGGUUGGUUUUUUUUUUAUUUGAAGUUUAUGAUAAUUUAUUCAUUCAAAAGGUGAAAAGAAUGAAAUAAAGUUGAGAACCGGCUUAAGAUCACCCUCACGAGGGACUUUACCGGAUAGGGUAUAAUGUAGAUAAUCAAAGUUGAUGAAUUACACGUAUAGCCCGUUCACGGCUGGCUUGGGACAGCGAACGGGCGGUUUAACUUGCGCGGCGAUGGUAGAUCAUGGCCGUCAUACAUGUGCCUUUAAUAAGAGCCUUGUUUGGUGAAUUAUUUCUGUUUCUAUUGAAUUUAUUUGUUUUUUACAUUAAUCUCAUUGUUUUUACAAUUUCUUGAAGUCGACAAAUUAUAAGAGAAAAACAAAUAAGACAUAAAAUGGGGCUUUUAUGGAAGGCGCAUGGAUAGUCGCCAUGAUCUACCUUCGCCGCGAAAAUUGAACCGCCCGUUCGCUGUCCCAAGUCAGGUACAUAUGUUGAGGUUUAAUUAUAAUUUUCAUAGAAGCCGUCUAGGAGUUCUGGUUUAUUAUCUGCUUUAUUGUCGGGAAAGUUGUCCAGAAGGGAUCUGAAAAUUUUUGGAGGGUCAGUGACGUGAAAUCUGAAGCAGAUUUCAUUCCACAUUGGGAUUAGUUUUGAAAAAAGGAGCUUAGGAAAGGAUCUUCUUAAGUUGAGGAUCCUUUCCUCCGAUAUUUCCUAAUUUUUCACAAUUUUCUAACUUAGAAAUCGAAUAUAGUCCAUGUAGUUCACUUGACAGUUUCCGAAUGUCUGCGUCUCUCUGUCUCUCACCGGCAAGGUCAGAGAAAAAUGAAGACAGCACGUCGAUGAGAGAGACAUGUCGAGAGAUUAGGAGAGCGCAGAGAAGUCCUGCCCUUUCAAGUCCCGAAAAGCCCCGUUUUUAGCCUCAUUCAUCAAAUAAGAAGAGCUCUUUUGUGAAUUUCUCUUUUCAUUUACAUGAUAUCCAAAGCGCCUCCUAAGGAAAAGUAAAUCAAAAAAAGGAUCAUCAGAUAUUGUUUAAAAGAGAAGUUUUAACAAACAAAAAAAGAACAGAAAUCUUAAAAAUUUCCGGUUUAUUCAUUUAUUUUUUGCAUAGAAAAUUGCUAAAUAACUGACAGAAAAAAAUAUGCUUUUUUUACACUUCCUGUUUAUCGAAUUUGAUAGUGGAAAUGACAGGUUUUUUUGAAUUCGAUAUGAAUAUUGUCAUUUUCCCGGAGUUCUAUGAAAAAAAUAAAAUAUUAAAAUGAGAGCUGGGAGGUCAAAAAGAGCUUUUUCUGAUUUAGAUUUCGAUAUUUUUCUAUGUUUAAAGCUUGGCAUAGGGAACAAAAAUUAAAAAAUUCGUUUGGUCAAAGAAAGAAGAAGAAAAGUUCUGAUGAUGAGCCGGAGUUAGAGAACAGUGCCGUUUGAAGAGACGCCAGAGAAGAAAAAAGAAAAAUGUUUGCGUCUCUUCAAGCCUUCGCUGAUCUUAUGACUUCCUCUUUUCAGUGAAACUCUCCCCCUGAAGUAUAGAGGUUCAUUAGAAUCAAUUAGAAGUCUUUCCUGCACCCUAUUAUCCUUUAAUAUCAAAAAUUAUUCAAAUUAAGUGGAUGUUCUUACAAAAAACCUCCUUCAGAACGCCAUGGAAGAGGUGUUCGGAGGGCAGAUCUACUCGAUGGGAGAGGACACCGUCGAGGCGGUCUACGUCGACGGGACGUCUUCUAAAAACCCGCUGAACCGUCUGGAACUGACGUCGGACGUCGUCUGCGGCCAGAUGCUCAACGGCUCCCUCGCCGCCAUCGUCUUCACGCCGACGAUGACGUCGACCUCGACGAGCGAGUAUUACACGCUGCUGUCGACGGCCGCCUACGCCUUGUCCUUCUACCACAUGCCCGUCGUCGGCGUCAUGGCUCGAGACGCCGAGUUCAGCAAGAAGGUUUUUGGAGUGGCGCUUGACCAAACCUAACAUUCAGAAUCGGAGACUUAUUUGAAAAAACCUACCUUUCAGAACUACAACCUUUAUUUGAAACUUAAGCUUUUUUCUAAAUUCAGUUCUGAAUUGGUGGCUUUCUCACUUUUUCAUGUGUUGACAUUCUGAGUCUAGCAGGGAGGUUCUCGGAUUCAAAGAAACUUGAAAAGACUGCAAAAAAAAAAUGAAUUUUUGUCCUAGUGAAAAUAAAUGACGUCAUAAUUAUGGAACAUAGAUUUGAGUUUUCUCAAUCACGCAUAAUUUUUAAAUGACGUCAUAACCUUCCCAUCAGAUCUGACGUCAUCAAUCGGAGAAAAAGUUCCAAAAGAAGUUUCAGUGAUUCAAACGGAAAGGAUCUGGCGAGAAGGACGUUUGACUUUAUGAUGACGUCCCUAAAAAGUUAUGAAAAACUGAAAGAAUGACGUCAUAAUUAUGGAACAGAGUUUUGAGUUGUUUCAAUCUCGACAGAGUUUAGAACGCUUAGUUUUUAAAUGACGUCAUAACCUUCCCAUCAGAACGGACGUCAUUAAUCGAAGAAAAAGUUCUAAAAGGAGUUUCAGUGAUUCAAAACGGAAAGAAUCUGGCGAGAAGAACGUUUGACUUUUUGAUGACGUCACCGGAAAAUUAUCAAAACCUUCAUUUUCUUUCAUUAAUUGAGAUAAACUGUGAAGUCAAUAAUUCAGAAUAUCUACCCGACAUUUGUCCGACCAACCGCUUCCCUUUCUGAUGAAUCCUUUGUCUUCAUGCAUCUCUUGCUCCGACUUCAGUACCGACAGGUUUGAAGUUUAAACUUUCAAAAUCUCAGAACUCGCCUAAGGUCGUUGUCUUGAGCGUCAAAGGCGACCGGAAUGGGGAAAGAUUCGUGGAUGAGUUUGAGCGGAGACGUCUCGAGUUUAAAAUAAUUGUGAGUUUCUACAAAAUUCGAAAUUUUGCCAUUUUUCCAAGGUUCAAAGAUACGUAGAGGUCGAGCUGGACAACAAUCUCAAUAAUACAUUGGCUGAACAUUUCGAGGAGGUCACUUCGAAUAUCAUUGUUUUAUUUGCAAGGUUUUGAAGGCUUUUCUGGUUUAUUCAACGUUGAAGCUCAGGAAAUCGCACGCGGUUCGCAUUUUCGAGAAUGCCGGUGAUCAGACUGGGCCAGGAAAAGUCUGGGUUGUUAGCCAGAGUGCCAGUGAGGCGCACAACUUGCCCAAAGGUUGGGAGUCUGAAAUUUUCUUCGAAGUUAUUUAUUAUUCUGUCUCGGGUUUUUUUUCUGUAUAGUUUAUUCAUGGCUACAUUGAGCCUUCAAAAAAAAGGGUCCCGACGCGAUAAAAAUAACAGUACCUAGUAGGUGGAGAGCGCAGACAGGCCACGCCCCUUUCGCGUCCUAAACAUCAGAAUGAGUGUGAAAAGUCGCUCCAACUUCGUCAAAUUGCAAAAAUCGAGCUAAACUCAAGAUUUUUAUAGCGAUCUCUUCUCAUUACAUGUUGAGCCAUUCUCAGUGCGACCAAAAUUUUGAGGCCGAAAAUAUUAAAGGAGAUAUUGAGCCAAUUUUCGACAUGGCAAAAAAUGAGCUUAGGAACUCCAGAGUGCUCCCUAUAGGGACUAGGAGAAGAGACCGCCUCUUUAUGAAAAAAAAAAGUGAUCCCUAUAGGAAUAAAACUUAGGUUCCCCCAAUAGGGGUUCAGGGUCUAACCCUCAAGCCCCUAAAGCUCAAGUGAUCCCUAUAGGGGUUAGGGGAAAAAAUAGGACAUAAAGAAGCCCCUACGGGGUUUUUUAGUUUUCCGAUUUUCGUCAGAGCUAAAAAAACAAAAUAGAGCAAAAACUUUUAUGUUUUUCUUACCCAUUUUUCUUUUUUUUUUUUUUCGUAUAACAAGUAAGAGGACAAGAGAGCGCAGACGAGUCAGACAUUUUCAAGAGACGGUGAAUCAACUAUAAUUAUAAAUACUAUUUUCCUAGGUUCACUCGGUUUCCGGCUCAGUCAGACUCCAAACUCUGUUCUCCGAGACUCUCUAGCCAUCCUCAAAAAAUCCCUGGAGAAAGUUCUGAUUGGCGAAAUCGGCAAGCCUUUGCUACCGCCCAUGGAGUGCGACCGCGACAGUGUAGCCGUCAAGUGGAGUGACGUACAAGCUCCGGCCAUUCUGAAGUUUUUUUCCGAGAUUUUUUGAAGAAAAAGGAAGGAUUUUAGAGCGAUUUGUGAGACCAAAACCCAACGAAUCCAUUUCAAUGAUCAAUGCGAGAGGAUCAGUGUGGAGUAUGACGUCAUCAAUUUUCACGAAGGCCGACGUCAAGUCGGCAGCUUGGUUGGUUUUGUUGAGCAGGAUUUUUCCAAAAGCGGUAGCCAAAAAAAUUUUUUGUCGUGAAACCUAACUUCCACUUGAAAUUUGACAAACUUUCUAAUUUUUCAUAAAAAUAGGUGUCUAAAGGAAGGGAAUUGACUGAAUAUCAUAUCAGAAAAUAGAGAAAAAAAGUCAAUAUUUAAAUAUUUUUCAGAUUACAAGAAAAUGUUUAGUUGAGCUAUUAAGACAAGUUUAGUGCCGAACCAAAAAAAGGCGUCGGGAAAAAAAUUACCUUUUUUUGAUUUUUGAGCGUUUCUGAGCUUCUUAAUAAUAAUAGUUUAUUCACUGCCAUAAAAACAUUAGGUAGUAUAGAAAAAAAUUAUAAAUGAUCAACAUAUGACGGGCAGAAGAAUAACAAUACGCGGGAAGGAGUCAACCCCAACGAGUUGACAGGUACCCGGAAGUAAGAAGAAAUUUUUUAUAGUAGGCGAGAAGGGAUAUUUUCAUAAAAAGCUUGACUUCUAGUCGAAAAGGUCAUUAUUAUCACCCCAUCACCUUUCAAACCGCAGUAAAUUGACUCAGACUGGUGGUGAUCUGAGACUCGACGAAGAUGCGAUCCGCUGGGCGGGAAGCCACAAACCGCUGGAGAUCUCCCUUCCGAAGCAUCUCCGAGUCGUCACCGUCGCUGAUGCUCCGUUCGUUUUCGCCACGCCGACGAUUUCCCUUCACGACUGCAAGGAACUCAAGAGCGUCAAGAUGAAGAUGGCCAAGGAUGACGUUAUUGAUGUGGUGGGUCCUCUCGGGGGUUAUGCUACCACGGGGUCUCGUAUAGAACCCGUUGGCACAGUUGGCUUCUUUUUUAAACCAGAUCUGACCCUGGUGCUGGCCAGGUGUCUCAACGGGUGUACCCGUAUUGACCCUUUCUCGAUUCGCCUGUGGAGAUCUUAUCAAAGACAAUUUAUACCUCUGACUUCUUAACCAUUACUUCAAGCAUUUCUCAUUUUUCUAGCCGGGACCAUGGUUCCCAUGCCCGAUGGAGGCCGGAAUCAACACCACUCGGCAAUUAUUCUGUUGCUCUGGACUUGCUAUCGAUUUAUUGACCUACCUUUCACAGCCUGAGGUUUUUUGUUUGAUAAGUUUUAACUUAUCGGAGAAUUUUUGGGCUGACAACAGCAUCGACACGAGCUUCACUUUCUCCCUGCAUUUAAACGAGAGCUACGGGGUCGUCCAGGCGGCGGAUGUGAGUGAUUUCGAGAUGGUCGCAUUUGGAAUGGCUUGAAGCGCGAAGACUGCGAAGCGGUCGUUUCCUUCGGCCUAGGCGGACUUUCAAGCAUGGGAAAGUGUCAAAUUGAGCAGCUGUUUGAGCCAUUCCAAAUGCGGCCACCGUAAUCGGUUCAAAACAAUUGGAAAAUGUCAGGGAGUCGGAAUGGCUAUAAAUGGAGCGAUAGGAGAACUCGACGCUGAUAUGUCGGAUAUGGCAAUUGGCGCCCUAACGAUAAAUCCCGAGCGCGAGAGGAUUAUCGACUUUUCCGAGCCCUGGCUGUACCAUGGGAUUCGGAUUCUGGAGAAAACGGUAGUUUUGAAGAAGAGAUUUCUUUUCGAAUCUCAAUUAAAUCAUCUAAAAAAUGGAAUUUUUACAUUUUUUGUCCGUUUCGUUCAGAAUUUCGAUAAAAAAGAUUGAACUAUCCGAAAUUUUCAUCUAGAAGAAAAGCUCAAAAAUCAAUACGAAGAUCUUUUUCCACACAUUUUUGAAAUGAAUUUCCUCCCCUUUCAGAUCCCCCGAGACUCCCCAAUGCAAUCCUUCCUGCAACCCCUAGAGUCCUCACUCUGGACGGCUCUCCUCGUUUCCGUCGUUCUCGUUGGCCUCGCCAUCUUCCUUCUCGACUUCAAAUCCCCAUUCGAUCGAUUUUACAACGUCGACAAGUCCAAAUUGGCGCCAGAUGAUCCGUUUUUGGAGAGGACCGUCGAUGACAACGUCAACUUCGGCGAGGCGAUGUGGUUCGUCUGGGGAGUUCUUCUCAACAGCGGCGUUUCAGAGAGUAAUUUUUUUUUUCAAAAAGCAUAAAUGAUUCAUAUCCCGGCUUGAAAGAAGACGAUGGACAAAUGAUUAUUUGAUUGAAUUUUGACACUCGAAAGGACGUUUUUUUUUCUAUGUACGAAGUAUCACCAGAAUGUUCUAAAUAACAGCCAGAAAAACUCAAAGAAGUUUCCGAACGUUUGAACUCCAUACAAGGAAGUUUCCGCACCUUUUCUGACAAAGAGAUGUAACAAAACGUGCCUCCAUUGCCUUCCAAGUCCAAAAAAUCGACUAAAGUUCAAAAUUUUCCUUCAGAAACGCCAAGAAGCUGCUCGGCGAGGGUCCUGGGAAUCGUUUGGUGCGGAUUCUGCAUGAUUAUGGUCGCGUCUUACACGGCCAACUUGGCGGCGUUCCUAGUUUUGGAUCAGCCUGAAAAAGGCCUGACCGGAGUCACCGAUCCUAGGGUACCUUUUCAGUGGUUUUUUGAAGAAAUAGAGCCAAUAAAAGAGGAGCCUUGAAAUAUGGAUCCGAUGUUUUUGAGCAUCUGGUCUCAAUAUUAUUGGAAAUCGCAGAGAAUUCAGUUUUUUUUUUUUUGAAUUACCUGCAUCAAGACAGCUGAUGAAUAGUGUACAAUGCUUUUUUAUUGUUAUAUUUAUUUUUUUAAGACCAAAAUUUCACGGCUUGGAAGCUUUGAUGUCGAUGAGCUUGAUAAAAAAACCGGAAAAUGACUAUUUUUAUCCAUAGAGCAACUUUGCUUCAAAUUUAAUUUAAGGCAAGAAAUCGAUAUUUUUUUAGUUGUUUCUUUGAAUGAAUCUCAAAAAAAUAGGUUUAGAAAAAAAUCCGAGUAGAUUGUUCAACUUAAUAUUGACAGUGCUUCAAGUUAGUAUUAUUAUUCAAAAUGUCAUAACCACCGUCUUGAAAAACAGAACUUCAGCCUGACCUCACCCUAAAAAUCACCAUUUUGCAGCUCCGAAACCCGUCGGCCAACUUCUCCUUCUGCACGGUCCUCAACUCCAACGUCUACCAGUACUUCAAGCGUCACGUCGAGCUCUCCACCAUGUUCCGGAAGAUGGAGACGCACAAUGUUCGCAAGGCGUCCGACGCGGUCAGCGCUUUGUUGAACGGCUCUCUCGACGCCUUCAUCUGGGAUUCGACGCGGCUGGAGUUCGAAGCGGCUCGGCAUUGCGAACUGAGAACCCGUGGGUCGCUUUUCGGAAGGAGCGCCUAUGGAAUCGGCCUCCAGAAGAACAGUCCAUGGACGCCGCACAUCACGGCCGCCAUUUUGAGAAUGACGGAGAGUUAGUUUUUUUUUUCCUUGGCUCUAGUGUUUUUGGGUGUCUGUGUCUCUUGGUUUCUUCAUUGGUGAAGUUAGAGAAUCAGGAAAAUAGUGCGUUAACAUGAGAGGGUUGCCGAGAGAGGAGGAGGGCGCAGAGAAGUUCUUUCCUUUCAAAUCAUGGAAACGGAAUAUAGUUUGACUUUUGAAUGUCAUGUUCAUGACCCAUAUCUAGAGACUGCAGCCAAAUUUCAUUAUACUGUAAAAUCUUUCAUGAUCCGGUAAAAGGUACGAUUUCACAUCCCGAAAAGUUUUUGUUUUGAAAAAGAUUGAAAAUGAAAAAAGUUUUCCUUGUACUGAAAUCUUUCCUGUGUCUCAUCUUCUCGAAGGGCCACUGAAGCUUGUAAAACUGGUCCCUAUAGGGGUUUAGUUAGUGACCCCUAUAGGGGACAUGCUAGUCGACAAUCACUCUGAGCGAAGAAGCAUUUCCAUGAGAAAAUUGAAUAAAAAGCGUUUUUUGAGUUAAUUAAAAAACCCCUAAAGGGUCCACUAGAGCUUUAGGGGCUAAGGCGUCAAACCUUAAACCUCUAUAAAUUCCACCUUACCCCUGUCGGGACCACUUUUUCGUCCCCUAUAGCGGUUGUUUUCCCCCUUACCCCUAUAGGGACCACUCUGGAAUUCCUAAGAUAGUAUUUGAAAAAAUGAGCCUGGAAACCGCAACGCGACCGCGAUUCUUUGAACUAUUCCCCUUACUUUUGAUUUUAGGUGGAGUGAUGGAAACGCUGGACAAGAAAUGGAUCGAUAACUCUGGAGCGACCUGCAUCGUUGAAGUCCACAAGUCGCCGGCACGGCUAGGCUUAUUGAAUAUGAAGGUUCUUUCUAUCCCGAUACUCCCAACUUCAAAUUUUCUAGGACAUCUUCAUUUUGAUAGCCACUGGCGUGCUCCUCGGCAUGGCUUUGAGUUGCGUCGAAGUAUCAUACGGACGUCGGCUCGCCACCAGAGGGUUCAAGCUGAAAUUAGAGGAUUUCGGCAAAUGAUAUCUUCAGAAGGAGAAGACUGCUGGCGAUGAGGUACGCCGAGAAAUGGCAAAGAAUCGCGUGUGGAGCGAGACCGAGGCCGCGUUACGAUCUAGCAAGGCUUGUAGUUCGGCGAGGCAUGUCCGGAAUCGAGCCUUGCACUUUUGAGGUUCUAGUUUUUAGUCUUUAGUCUCUACAUCAAAGACUUCAGUACUUGAACAGCUUGCCUCAGAUAAAUCGACGAGAGUUUUAUCAUUGGAGCACACUUUCAUCCCUGUCAUUCUUUUUUAGUAAAUUUUCAUCGUUUAUCAUUGAAUAUUGCUUUCUACUCAUUCCGAAAAUUGAAAUAACUGAACAUGACAUUCAAACGUCAAAUUAUAGUCCGUUUUUUGCGACUUGAAAAUGCGGGACUUUCCUGCACCCUCCUCAUCUCCCAAUUUUACGUGAUAUUUCCAUGUUUCUCUAACCUCGCCGGUGAGGGAACAGAGAGACGCAGACACGCGAAAACUGUCCAGUUGCGCCGGAUGGACUUUACAGUGAGAUAAAUCAUAAAAGAAAAAUGAACCAGAGGAUGAGAGCAAGCGCGCCCCACUGAUAAUAAUCUUGCCGAUUCACUUGUGGCAAGCUUUACAAAUGCCGGAGGCUUUCUUAUUAUUUUAAGUAAUUUUUUCAUAGCUCUUGGUUAAAGUUCAGAGACGUUACUGGGACAAACUUGAGCAUAUUCUAAUUUGAAAAAAAAAAAAUUUUUUUUAUUUUUUUUUUCACCUAGAAACCAGGAGAUUAUAAGGUAGUUCACAGCCAAUUUUCACAACAAAAAAAUCGGAUGAAAGUUUUUUUCCAGGAAAUUCGCAGAAGGAGAGAAAUGCGUGGACUGGAUACAAGCCUUAUUAGGCGCGAUCGAUUCGUUCCUGAUCUGAAUUUCAGGGACAAGCCACUCAUGUUGUUCUGUCCACGGUGUCGGGUUAGUGGGAUUUGUUCUGUAAGCAAACUUUUUCGCGCCCUCAAGCCAAUUUUUCCUUGACCAGGUUCUCUGAGCCUAAAGCUUUUGUUAUAGUCGAUCCUUCACGACUGGAAAAGCGAGAUGGGUAUAUUGGCAAACGUGAAGCGUUGCGUACGCGACGCGCUUCUAAAGAGAAUCUCGGAAAGAUUUUAAAAAAACUUGGCUCGCCAUCAAAUUACCUGAUAGCCACCAACGCUCCACCCUCGCCUUUCAGUUCGAUAAGGAUUGUCUAUAUAAUGAAUCUUUUUGAAGAACCUGGUAGAAACGGACGUCCACCGAGUGAAUGGCCUUUUCGCGGUAGUCUGCUCGGUCCUUCUGGCGCUGGCGUUCCUGUGGCCGUGCUCCCCGCUGCCGUGCUACCUCGGCUGCUUCGGCGACUACGUUCACAUCUGUCCGAUGUGCGCCCACACCAUCGGAAGAUUCAGAAGAGCCCGGACGCCGAAAUUCUACGUUUGA